AUGCUACACAUCACAGUCCUCCCUCGCACCGUCAGAUUCCAUGGUCAAUGGUCACUACGUACUCCUCGAUGGUCGUUUGUCCAGCUAAGGGGCGCGAAGAUAUUGCGCUGGAGCGCCGACACUCCUCACUCACGUGCUAUGGAGAAAUUGAACCAUUUCGAUGACCUUCUGAAUUAUUGCCUGGAUAAUAAGGAUAGUUUGGGGAAGCGUGACAUGAUAGCGUCACUUUCUUAUAUGCGUUCGCUGCGUAACUUCAAUUUGUCUAGCCCACAAAUGCGUGCCUAUAGUGAUUUCAUCUGCUCCAACCUCUCAAUAUUUGGUAGCAGUAUCCAUUUGGUAAUUCACAGGUUUGCGGUUUUGGGCUACAACCCUGCUUUACUUCGCAUCUACGAGGAAUAUCUAAAGGGUAAUCUCGAGGAUUUGAGUAUUAAGCAACUCUGUUUGAUAAGUUGGAGCUAUGCUAAGAGCAAUAUUUACGUCCAGGAGUUAUUUGAGCGCAUCGGUAUUGUUCUUCGUGUCAUCCAACAUGUGUUAACAGCGGCGUCGUACUUCCACCGUCCAGAGGAUGGAUGUUUGACCGACGCAUCACUUUUGCUUUGGAGUUUCGCCAAAAUAGAAAGGCGCGUUCCGCACGAAAUCAGUGCGCUCCGAGGAAUUGUGUUCCACACAUUGGAAUCGUUAGUGUCGGCUUUGCGUGAUCCUGAUGCGGCUUUGGACAAUACUGCUAGACUUUACCUUGAUGUGGAUCGUACAUUUUACGGCAACGUGACCCAUGACCUAUGCAUGUCGGCCAAGGCGUUAGCUGUGCUGGUCCCCCGUGACAAGAGAUCUCUACAGCAUCAUCUCGAACUUUUAUUAGAAGUUUCUCGUCUUGGAAAGCUUCCUCUAUCAGCCCAGGGUAUAACAAGUUUGUGGGAGUCGAUGUGCCUGGGCGGUAUCAUAGAAGGUAGUAUUGUUGAUGAAUUGUGCGAAGUUUCACGUUAUUUACGCCUCGACCACUCAUUCAACUCUAACAUGUUAUGUGUCAUUCUCUCUAGCAUUCGGGCGCUCGGUGUACAUGACCCUCGUAUCAUCUACCAGAUUGUACACUGGUUGGAGAAGCGCGCAGUACAGAUGCACGCUCCUCAGAUGUACAGUGUGAUUUGUCAUUUGGAUGCUAUGGGUGUAUAUCACGAAAAGGCUUGGAAGCAGUUGGGUGUUGUGGUUCAGAAGAAGGGUAUCGACUUGGACCUGCGUGACAUACGUCAUUUGUAUAGUAUUUUCAAAAGCAAUGGAAAGGGUAAUGAUCGCAUAUUUGGAAUUUUGGAGCAUUUCAUGAGUUGCAAGGAGGAUCAAGGGCGUUAUGAUUGUAGCUGUACAACGCCAGCUAUGUCGGCAGUGCUGCUCCGAGCACUUAAAGCGUCGGAUAAACCGUUGCCUCAGUCAGCACAGAGCUGGCUGCAUCAGACGAGUACGGUCGCCUUUGAGCUGGAUGAUGGUUACAUCCUGGUUGACCAUUAUGGCGAGAAGGGUGUGCGUAAGACUAUGGAAGAUGAGUGUGUCGUCGUGCCAUCUUUGCGGAAGCUGAAUCCCGAUCUUCCAUCGUCCUACGACUUUCUAGUUUGCGGUCUGUUUGACGGUCAUGGCGGCCGUAGUUGUGCUUCGUUUGCCAAGGAAAAUCUCCUUAAUGAAGUAAUCCAACAGUUAUUGCAACAUCUGCAAUCUGAAGUGUCAGAAUCAGAUGAAUUUUCAGAAUCUGUAUUCAGGAAGUCUGUCAAUGCAGCUUGUUUGCGGCUCGACAGUCGUAUCGCACAUGACUUAAUCGGAUGCAACGAUGGUUGCACAGCGUUGCUAUUAUUUGUCGGCCGUCGUCUUAUUUACGUCGUGAAUCUGGGCGAUUCAGCGGCAUAUCUAUGCCGAAGAUUGAACAAUGUUCUUCAUGCUGUGCCUUUGAACGAGGUUCACAAGGCAUGGAUACCUAAGGAGAAAGAGCGUAUUUUGCAUUACGGAGGUACUGUGGAGGGCGGUCGUGUGAACGGUGUUUUGGAGGUUACUCGUUCUUUUGGUGAUUUAGGUCUGAAACGUUUCGGCGUCAAGUGCACCGGUUCAUUUCGGCAAGCAUCGUUGGACUUUGACAAUGACGAGAUUAUAUUGUUAGCUUGUGAUGGUUUUUGGAACGUUUACGACCCUCAUGAAGCUUGUCGUACGGCUCUACGUUUUUUGCGUCAGGACGAGAUUCGUGCUAAUUCGGAUCCUCAAUUACCGUUUUUGAAUUUGCGUAAGGUUUGUAAGGACCUGGUUGAGAACGCUCUUACCGCCAAGCGUGCACAGGACAAUGUAUCAGUGGUACUACUACGUUUGGUGCGUAAAUCCGAAGAACAUUAG